GGGCCAGAUUUGAGUGGUCACACUACUCCUGAAAAAGUCUGACCUGGUCACUUGACCCCCAAAAAAAAAAAAUCAGAUUUAGGCCACUUUUACCUGCAGUGUGAACGGGGCAGUUGCGUCAGUGCCCUGACCAGAAACCAUGUAAUCGUUGUGAGUCUGUCAGGAAAUUCCCGUUAGAGCUAAUGGGCUAGUGGUAGAGCUUUCAGCUGCCUUAUCGUCUCAUCUCUUAUUCAUUUAUGUGUUUCAUUAGCAGACCACUUGAUUAAAAUGUAUGAACAUGUGUACACAGUUAUAAGAUACGAUUCGUGGGACAUUUCUGCCUGAAAAGAAAUGCAGCAGAAGACUCGGGUAAUAAAUGAGUGGCAGCCUUUUUGCACGCGUGAAUCCGAUCACAAGUGGUCACUUCAUUAUGCCUGAAGUGAACAGCUAUACAGUCUCGUCUGUCCACUUUCCAUCACUCACGGUGCAUGCCAGAAGUGCAUUAUCGGGUGUGAACGAGCGUGUGAAUGGUGUUCUGCAAUGGACCAGCGUGUUCCCAGUGUUCCAGAAAUUGGCUUCAAAUCUUGAAGCGGAUCAGAAAAAAGCAAUUACUGUGGAAUGAAUGAAUUAAUCCUGCAAUGGGGUAAUUAUUAGAACGAUUCUCUAAAUUAUGUCAAAAGCCUGCGUCCUGUUCUAUAAGUCUUCAUGAAGGUGCCAUUUAAACUAUAAAGUCACUGAAUGAUAAAUGUAUUAUGUUCCAUUUAAAUGGUUGUGAUUAUGUAUGAUUUGCACAUUGGAAACACGCUCAUGUCCUCCUGCCAUCCCAGUACCUACAGUCUACUACGCUAUCCCACAAAGACCAGCAACGCUGUAUGUUUGAACCUCACAAGGACCCAGUCUGAAGUGGACACAACUGUUCACCAAAAUAAGGGAGUUGUCCUAUUAGAACGAGUCAGUGUAUGACCUCCUGCCUAAAGAACUUCAGCUUCCUCUAGCCUCACAGGACAGCCACAACAUGAGUCAGAAGAGUGGUGGAGAGGCCGGUCCUCUUCCCUCUGCCGCUGUGGCCUCAGGGAGUUCCCUCUGAAACAGGGAGAGUCUGCUUAUAAAAUGGUCUGCAGUUCUCUGCUUCGUAGAUGCAGCCACCGCCUGUGUUGUCUCAUCCUCCCCUGGAGGGCACAGCAGUGCUUCUUCCUGUCCCAGCAUGCACUGUGCUACUUCAGCUCCAGAGCAGUCUUCCAGGCUCCACUGUCUCCCUGUCGAGGUGCUGGGAGCGGAGCCUGGUUCGGCUUCUGGUACCAGUGGGACUCCUGGGAAUGAUGCUGUUGGAGCAACAGUCCAUCAAAGCCAGAUGACGCCCUCAAAGCGACGCACUGUACUUAACAUCUCGCCACCUCCAGAAGACCUGCUCGAUGACAGCCGCAUGUCCUGCCAAGAUGAGGUGACGCUUAACCCAGACUCUGAGCAGAGUGGCAGCAUAUGGAUGGACGACUCCGUAUCAAACUUCAGCAUGCUGAGCAGCAGUUCAUAUAACGACAACACCGAGGUUCCUCGGAAAUCCUGUAAGCGAACACCACGCCAGAGGCCAGGCCAGAAGCCUGUAGCCAGGGAUGAAUCCACCAUGGAUGUGUUUGAUGCUGACAGUGCAAAAGCUCCACACUUUGUACUUUCACAACUCGGCUCUGAAGGAAAGGGCACUCUCAAAGGGAGCACCCUGGAGGUGUCUGGCAGCCAGAAAGUUGGGAUUCUUUCAACACAGUAUCCACAAAAGAGUGAGGGGAAAGAGCUAAAGAUUCUGGUACAGCCUGAGACGCAACACAGGGCACGAUACCUUACAGAGGGCAGCAGGGGAUCUGUCAAAGACCGCACACAGCAAGGCUUCCCUACGGUCAAAUUAGAAGGUGUGAAUGAGCCUGUUGUUCUCCAAGUGUUCGUGGCUAAUGAUGCCGGACGUGUAAAACCCCACGGCUUCUAUCAAGCGUGUAGAGUUACAGGACGCAACACGACAGCCUGUAAAGAGGUAGAUAUCGAAGGGACCACCGUGAUCGAAGUGAACCUCGAGCCGAGCAACUCCAUGACCUUAGCUGUGGAUUGUGUCGGGAUACUGAAAUUGAGGAACGCGGAUGUGGAAGCCCGAAUAGGAGUCGCUGGCUCUAAAAAGAAAAGCACCCGUGCACGUUUAGCAUUCAGAGUUAACAUCCCCAGGACAGACGGAUCUUUCCUCACCCUGCAGAUUCUUUCUUCUCCGAUCCUCUGUACCCAACCUGCUGGAGUGCCUGAAAUUCUCAAAAAGAGUCUUCAUACCUGCUUAGUGACUGGAGGAGAGGAGGUCUUCAUUAUUGGCAAAAACUUCCUGAAGGGAACCAAAGUUAUUUUUCAGGAAAUUUCCACAGACGAUGGCUCGUGGCAGGCCGAAGCAGAGAUCGACAUGGAACUUUUCCAUCAAAAUCACCUAGUGGUAAAGAUUCCUCCUUAUCAUGACCUGACGGUGACCUCACCUGUAUCGGUUGGAAUCUCCGUGUUAACGAAUGCCGGAAGAACACACGAACUACAGCCUUUCACCUAUACCCCUCUUCCAGAGAAAGUCAACGUUCCCGUGAAGUCCGAAUUGUCAGUGACGCCGAAGCCUUGCACGUUUAAGGAGCAGAUAAAUGCAAUGCAAACUGGCACCAAUAGUCUUAACAGUACCUUGAUGGCCCCAAUGAUCUCCAUAGUCAAAAGGGAAGAAGUAACUCCGAUGGAAAUCUCUACCAACUCGACAACAUCUAACAUUUAUAAGCCUACAGAGGUCCUUAAUACAGAGCAACAGAUUUUGGAAAUUUCCACGAUCCUUCCUACAAGUAGCAAAUCCUUUCCUAGCCCCGUGCCUCUAACAUCUGUUGACUGUCAACAAUCGGUGCCUACAAUGUUUGUACCUCCAGAGCCCCUUACAACGAUUCAGAAACAGGAUAUCCCCUCUACUCCAUCUUUUCAAGUCUCCUUGUCAGAAGACACCACGGUUCUCCAGCCUGUGCCCCCGCAGGUCCCCCAGCAGUUCUUGAGGGAAACCCCUGAGACUUUGUCUCCGGAAGACGACAGUCCGGAUGGCACAGGAAUGGUGGUAGUGGGGAUUGAAUCUAGGCCUCCACCUUCCCAACAACCCCAGGUUCAGACCAUUUUGCCUCAAGAUGAGGUAGCACAGCUGGAAAGAGCUGUUCGGGAAUUGCAAGAACAGCAACUGAAUUCUGUGCUUUAUGAUUCAAACCCCACUGCCGAAAACCUCCAGCAACAUGUCCAGGAAAACAUGAACAGUUUAAGGCUCGGAGGCAACGAGAACACUUUGACCAAUCAACAGCAGCAGCGACAAGAGAAUAAUCUCUUGCAGAAUCUGCAGCAACAGCAUCAGAAUGCUCUAGCCGACCUGCAGCAUCAACAAACGGUCUUAAACAAUUUGCAGCAGCAACAGAAGGUCUUGGAGAACUUCCAGCAACAGACUCUUGGAAAUCUGCAACAACAAUCGCAUCAGAAAGUCCUGGAAAACCUGCAACACCAGAAAGUUCUUGGGAACAUUCAGCAACAGAACUCUUUGGUGAAUAUUCAGCAUCAGAAAGUACUUGAUGAUCUGCAACAACAGCAUCAGCAGAAUCUAGAGAAACUUCAACAAGAGCAACAACAUCAAGAGGUCUUGGAAAGCUUGCAGAAACAGUUACAAACAGAACUCUUACAGCCACAGAUUCCCAUGCAGUGCACACCGAGUUUCCCUGUAGUACAACAGGAUCAAAUGUCCGAGCAUCAAAGCACCACGCAGAUAGAUGGCUCUUCUGACAGUUUUCUCCAUAAUUCAUCCCCACAGCCACAGCAGCAAAGACUUUUUCAACAAGCUGGGGGGCUGCUCACUAUUCAGACGUCCGGCUUUCUUCAGCAGUCACCCUCCCAAACCUCACCUCCGCAGCAGCUGUUUCAGACUCACACACCUAUUACUGACACACAGGAACCACAAACGGGGCUUUUUGGAACUUCUGAAGCUACCCAGGUCCAACCUGCUUUAUUUUCCAAUACAGUGACAAUGCUGACGAGCACUAACAUAUCUUCCGAGCAACAGGCUCCCUCCGCCACCCUGUUCAUUUCUCAGGUCGGACUGCACAGCCAGAUAACAUCUAGUAAUUCCCAAAACCAACAACAGCAACAAAUCGCUUUUCUCACUCCGAUGGAAACGUCAAACUCGGCAACCCAAUCAGUGUCGCUUUUUCGGGGACAACCCCAGAUGUCCACUCCGAUGGAUCAGCACUCUUCUCAGUCUCAGCAAAUACCACCACCCCAGCAGGCUUCUCUGUUUCAGAAUAUUUCUACAAUGUCCCAAAAUCCUGGUCAACAGCAACCGCAGCCGGGCUUACUGUUCUGCGCUUCUCCCGUUAACCCUCAAGACCUGCCGCAGACUCUUUUGUUCAGUACCCCGAACCAAGGUCCAGUAGGUGGCAGCGCACUGCCCCAAAAUAUCUUUCAAGACCAGCAACCCAUGCAGGUGGUUCCAAGCCCUGGUAACAUGACAACAGACAACUCAGCAAGUCAGCCUACAGUCUCGCCAUCACAGUCAACUCGAAGUCAACAGAUUCUUUUUCCCCAAGCCAAUGUAGUGACCGUGUCGCCACAAGAUUCAGCCGAGCCUAUGUCUUUUCAAGAUGAGACCUCUGUUGUGGGUCACUCGUCUGCUGGUAUGCCCACAAGCCAGACUGGACUCUUUCAGGACCAGCAGCCUAUGCAGGUUGUCCCAAGUGCUAGCAGCUGCGCCCCUGUCCCUUCCACAGACCAAGGCACUGUUAAUAUAUUUUUACCACAGGCAGCCAUUUCUGCACUCCAAAGUGGUGUAGGAACUCAAGAGUUACCUCAGACUGCUACAGCAACUGCCAUGUUUAGUGGGCAGGGUGGUGUGGCGAUCGGAGGGUUGCAGAGCACCUCGGCCACAUCCGGUCAGCCAGCUCCAGAGUCACUUUUUCAGACAGCUUUAGGAGGAACCCUAGACCAGCCUGGACAACCAGGACAAGCAGGUCUAUUUAUUUUUGAAAUCCCCACUGAAUGUGGUUCGUUAUUAACCCCUCCUGGUCCCGUGUUGCCGGACCAACUCGUCACCAUGGGGCACCCCAGUUCAGAUCACAACCAGAACCAGCUUCAGACCAGUGCACAGAUUCACAGUUUAGUUGGACUAGACCAGUCCAACAACCUCAGCGAAAAGAUCGACGAACUACUAGAACAGUUUGAGGAACAAGGGAAGACGCUUCCCAGGGACUUCUUAGAACAGUAAAACACGUACAAAUGUUACUUUGGAUAAGUCUACGUGAGCUCAGUUUCGAACUCCUAGACACAAAUGACUUGGGCGACUUGAAGGAUCUAAAUUUUUAAAGCCUUUUAAUAUUUAUUGAAUGGAUCAUGUAGGCUGUUACAGAUGGGUAUAAUCAUGGAACCAAAUAUUUGGGGCCAAUAAAAUGUCGUCUCGAGUCAGUGUUGUGAUCUGUCACGGCAUUUCAUAUUUUGGCGAUAUAUGUCAUGUUGACAAAUUCCGUCACUCGUUCUACUUCACCAUCUUCCAUCUGUCUAACAGAAACUGACACAAGGUAUCUAACAAAACUGUUGUCGAUCCGAUGUACUACAUCGGACUAAUUCUUUGUCUGAAUUUUUAGAUGGUGUGUUUAGCACUUUAUUGCGUGUUUUGAAGUGAGUUACCUGCUCUUUAGCUUUCGACCCAUUCUUAUCCAUAUCGACCCCUUUUUUUAUAGUCUUUCCCAAAAGAUCCUCUAUUUUGUACCAAUACAUACUUAUCGUCCAUGUCGAUAUUAACCUAUAUAAUGAGCCAUGGUUACUGCUUUUAUCUUUUUUUUUUUUACACACAUGCGUCCACUUGGUCUCGAUCCAUACAUUCUAUAUGAUAACAUUUUACUGUAUAUAUUUGUAUGAACCAUAUUUUUGACUGUCAUCUAAUAUAUUUUUUAAAGAAGUGGUCCAUCUUUAGUCAUUCCUGUCAUGGACAUGUUAUAGCACUUGCGUACGUGGUUACAUAAGGACGAUGUGUCCGACGCGUACGUAAGCUAGCCUGGUGGACUGCCCUAAAACUGAGUUAGUGUCAUAUAUAUAUACAUAUAUAUAUAUAUAUAUAUAUAUAUAUAUAUAUAUAUAUAUAUAUAUAUAUAUAUAUAUAUAUAAAAUAUAUAUAUUACAAAAUAAAAUCGAAGGCGUUCAUGUUGGAUCGCAAAAAGAAAUUUUACUUAUUCAUUGUCCACAAAGUCUUAAGCAGUGAUCUGUUUAGAUGGAAUAUUUAGUUUCAGGAUGCCCACCAAGCUUAAGGAUAUGCAUGCCCAUGACGUAGUGUGUACGUUGUGUGUCUGUGUGUGUUUUGUGUUUAAUAGACAACAAAUAGUGAAUUGAUAUUUGUACUAUGUUACAUGAGUUUUAAUUUGUGUGUUUUUUUUUUUUAAUAAAUAUAUAUAUAUUAAACACAUUAGAUGUACCGUUCGAUCGGGCACUAGCUACUGGAAAGAUUUAUUAACGUGGAAGAUCGAUCGAGCAUCGUAUUUCAUUCGUUUCUUAUGUUGAAUUUGGUAAAUGAAGUUGUACAGGGAUCGUUUUAAACACGUCGCCGUACAGUAGUGGUGCUACUUUGUUUACAAAAUGACAUAAAUACCCAUCGUGUUUUAUAUAUAUAUAUAUAUAUAUAUAUAUAUAUAUAUAUAUAUAUAUAUAUAUAUAUAUAUAUAUAUAUAUACAUACAUACAUACUUUUGGACUGAUAUUAUUUAUAGUUCCUAGCUUUCUCUGAUGUAAGCAGCUUAUUUUCUCUGACCGGGAGAUCAUUUUGUCGAUUUUCCUUUAGUUAGAGGACAACUUCCCCACAAUCAUAAAUGUUUAUGGUUUCCCCUUCAUUUAAAAUAAGAAAUCGGCGUUUUCAUUUACAAAAGCACCUUUUGCUUCGACAAUGUUAUCAGGCAAAUCAAUUUUGUUUAUAGAAAUGUAAAUUCCUUUAAAAUUAAUUUGUCUCUGUUUCCCUUAUUUGUCCAUUAUUGUAUAGUCAUUCAUUCAUUCUAAUGAUGUAUUUAACACUUGCCACAAACUGUAAAAAGAACACUGUAGUGGUAGUGAGAUCGUUUUCCUCUGUGUGUUAUUGGUUCGGUGUUUUAUGCUCUUUAUAGUAAAAAAAUGUUUUUUUUUUCUUCUUUUUUUUUAACUUAAUGCAUUUUAAGUGAGCCAUACAUACAGUAUUUUUGUAAGUCUGAAAUUACUAAAUGUACUGUGUACAUUUCAAAAAUAUUGAAUUUUCUGUCCCUUCUGCAGUCAAUUUUUUUUUUUUUUUUUUUUUUUUUGAAGAAAGAGAUUUUUUUUUUUGGGUCCCGUCACUGUGUUAGGAAGCAGAACGUCUGAUCGCAUGUAGAUCAAAUAUUCAAAUAAGAGCUGGAAUAAUAUGAGGGUUUAGUUUUUUUCUCUAGACAAGCUGAUGAUUUGCAAAGUCCAAACUAAAUGGUAACUUGAUUUCAGAAUGAAAAUGUUUUUACCUCAUGGUGUAGAGACAUAAGUUUCACUCUACAUCUAAUUAAGGACCAAUAAUAAAACAAUUUUUUUUUAGUAUAUGGCAGCAAAAGCUUGAAUUCUAGAUGAAUUAUUUGAGUUUUGUGAGCUUUUUUUUUAGGUCGAAAGAUCUCGUAUGAGAUGAAAAAAAACAGAAACGGAUAAAAAAAAAACUGAGCAUUUCUGUGCAGUCCAUCGAUUAUAAGAACAAAAUAAAGCGUUCAGUAUGUUAUGCAUACAUUCUGUGUUUUGUUGAAUUGUGCUAUUUUUAUUAAAAGUACUUUUGUGCCUUUAAAAAAAAAAAAACGUAUCCCCCUUACUUCUAAAGUACCUUUUGAACUAGAUAAACCCUUUUGGUUUUUAGUUGCGCUUUUUAAAGAAUCCAGAAGUUUAUUUACACAUUUAUUAGAAUUCCAUGUUUUACGGUCUCGUCGACAUAUCGUUUAAUCCGAAUGCGGGUAUGCGUUCGAGCUUUGUGUCAUGAACUGCUAUGCAGCUCCACCAUUUUAUUCGGUCUGUUGGGUUGUCUUGAGUUGAUAGAACAAGGUACAGAGCAGAAAACAAAAAAAUCAACCUAUUUUGAUCGUUAGUUCGGCGUAUGUGUGUGAAAUGGUUUCGACCGCAAUCCCGGAGUACUUUCGUCACUCUGCAGCGGUUCGUGUUGUCCGAGUUGUUUUUACUGGUUUAUUUUCUUCCUUCAUAUGCGUUUUUUUUUUUCUUCUGGUUUGUUUGCUGUGAAUAUAACUUACUCUAGAAUUCACCGGGAUUAUAUCCGUAUACCUUUCGGUCUGUGUGAAGUAACAACAGGUUAACAUAAUUAUAUUUGUCUUUUGCUUUAUAACUCAGUACAAUCCUGAAUUUGUAUCCACUUGCAGUUCUUUUUUCUGUAAAAUGUGCUGCUAUCUGUAUGGAAUAAACAUAGAUCUGAAAUCGU